AUGAAACAAACUUUGAAACCGUCUUCUGUGCGUUUAGGCAGAAUAGCUUUCACAAACAACAAAAUAGAAGAUAGAAUAGUGCUGCGAAAGGUCCUUCUGCACCUAGCAAAUCUAGACACAGCGCUAGAUAUAAUGUCGAAAACACUUCUGGAGGAGGAGUACAGCGAGUACGUGUCGUAUAUGGAAAACGCCAUACGGGGAAAUAUCUCUGGCCUUCCAGCCCCAGAGGAUGCGGAGUACCUCAUAAAAGACUCGCUGCGCAGUAAAGUGGAUGCGUUUAUAGAGGGCAUUCUGUGCGUUCUCAAGUACAUAAAAAGAAACGACCCAAGCGCGGAAGAGGAGCAAGAUCUUCUAUUCUACACAAUUAUGGAGGUCUUUGAGGACUCGAUCCUGGGUCUGCACUCGCCCUACAUGAUACAGUUUGUCGUAUAUGCGCUGGUUGUGCGGGACGAGGCCCGUGCUGCAGGAUUUCUCUCUUUCCUGUGCAGCAACGUGCACUCCGCGGACCAGAGGCGAGAGCUCAUGGCGGUGUACAUCUCCUCCUUCAUAGCGCGAGCCCCGGGCCUUUCCAAAGACGCGCUUUCCGUGGCCAGGGAGUACGUGGAGGCAGCAAAGGACAGAGUCUCCCGAAUUGACGACCGUUUUAGCCAGGUGCUUCUCUCGGGGCUCGCACACAUUGAAGAGACGAGCUGCCACGACCUGGGCCUUGCAGACUUUCUGGCCCAGGCAAAAACAGGCCGUGCCAGCAUAAAAUACCCGUUCGACCCCACGCCAAUAGAAGAUUACAACCAGAUUAUUAAAGAGUACAGCCGCGCGUAG